CAAAUGUGCCAGUCAAAAUCGAAAAUAUCUUUACCUGCAGUUGUGGAGGGGGUUUGAUGGAGAAUUGUGUGUUUUGUAUUUGAAUGUCGAUAUUGAUGAACAAAAUUUUUGCCAUUUUACGAAACUAUGUCUGAAAAUAUUGAAAUUCGAACGAUAAUUAGCAAUAGAAACAUAAAUCAAGUCUCUGAUAGCCCAGUAACUGACCCUGCAGCUGGUGCCAAGGGUUUGGAGGGAAGUAACGCUUUCGUCUGCCAAAGAUCUAAGUUGGAAACUAAAACUAGUGCUUUAAAAAAAUCAAGCAGAUACAGAAGCAGGUCCCUCUCAGCAAGCUCCACCGACUCCUACAGUUCAGCUUCUUACACAGGUAGCUCCAGUGAUGAAGACGAUGUGUCGCCAAGAGAAAAAGUGCAGACAAAUUCAGCAGGAACUUCGGAUUUUUGUGUACGCAACAUUACACAGCAUGCUUUUGGAAGGCGGGAGAUAGAAAUUGCUGAGCAAGAGAUGCCGGGGAUUAUGGCACUUAGAAAGCGGGCAGCCGAUGAUAAACCGCUAAAAAACGCAAAAAUUGUGGGAUGUACCCACAUCAACGCCCAAACGGCAGUGUUAAUAGAAACUUUGGCUGCUUUGGGAGCCAAUGUUCGUUGGGCAGCUUGUAACAUCUAUUCUACGCAGAAUGAAGUCGCAGCAGCCCUUGCUGAAGCCGGAUUUUCAGUUUUUGCAUGGCGUGGGGAAACUGAGGAAGAUUUUUGGUGGUGUAUAGACAAAUGCGUAAAUGCCGAAAGCUGGCAACCAAACAUGAUUCUGGACGAUGGCGGAGACGCAACGCAUCUCAUGCUAAAGAAAUAUCCCGUGAUGUUUAAAAUGAUCAAAGGCAUAGUCGAGGAAAGCGUGACUGGUGUUCAUCGCUUGUAUCAACUUUCAAAAGGCGGAAAGUUAACAGUACCUGCAAUGAACGUUAACGAUUCGGUCACUAAAACUAAAUACGACAACCUUUACAGUUGCCGAGAGUCAAUAAUCGACAGCUUAAAAAGAUCUACUGAUGUAAUGUUCGGAGGAAAGCAAGUGGUGAUUUGCGGAUAUGGCGAAGUGGGCAAAGGUUGCAGUCAAGCACUUAAAGGGUUUGGUUGCGUUGUGUAUGUUACUGAGAUUGACCCUAUCUGUGGACUGCAGGCUAGCAUGGAUGGGUACCGUGUUGUUAAGCUUAAUGAAGUUAUUCGGAACGUCGAUAUAGUUAUAACUGCGACGGGAAACAAAAACGUUGUUAUGCGAGAACAUAUGGAUAAAAUGAAAAAUGGGUGUAUUGUGUGCAAUAUGGGACAUUCAAAUACCGAAAUUGAUAUCAAUAGUCUUAGAACUCCCGAUUUGACUUGGGAGAAAGUGAGGUCACAAGUAGAUCAUGUUAUUUGGCCAGAUGGCAAAAGAAUAAUUCUUUUAGCAGAAGGAAGGCUAGUUAAUUUAAGUUGUUCCAGCUUACCGUCGUUUGUCGUUUCAAUCACUUCUGCAACCCAAGCACUGGCACUAAUAGAACUAUUUAAUGCACCUCCUGGUCGAUAUAAGUCCGACGUGUAUUUGCUGCCUAAAAAGAUGGAUGAGUAUGUGGCUAGUCUGCAUUUGCCCACUUUUGACGCUCACCUAACAGAGUUAACUGAUGAACAAGCGAAAUACAUGGGAUUGAACAAAGCCGGGCCUUUUAAACCGAACUAUUACAGGUAUUAAAACUGUCCAAUUGUUCUUAAUUUCAUUUCUCUGUUAGUUGCUUGCAUUUUAUUAAGAAUUUUGCUAAUGAAACUCACGUUAUUUCGACGAGCUAGUGAAUUUUCACAUAAUUAUAAUUUUCCUGUUGACUACUUUUUGAAAAAAGCGAAAUUUUUAUUACAAUUCAAGUGACAUGUUAUUAGUUGUUGACCUAGGAAAUAGUGCUUAUUUUACUUUUUUGACUGAGUGAUUACUAGUGGAUUUAAGCGACAUUAUUGAGCUGCACUGUAUUUUCCAGCUGCGGAACUCCUGAAUUAAAGUUGAUCAACUUGACAGACGGUUAUCUAUCUUGGUAAUGGGGGUUUGCUUAUACAUUGAAUUAUUAUAUUUUGGUAGUAUCAACCCUCAUAAACAAACCCCAUUUACUUUCUAAGGGUGUAGCAUCCUUAAUUGUACUGUGAAAACUUUAGAGUGACGGUUAAGCAAUCCUUUAUUUUUGUAUUAGGAUAGAGUUGACUCUUCCAGACUUAGGUGUGAGCCGAAUAUGCUAUUUUACCUUCUUAAUUUAGUUUAUACAUCACUUUUUAGCUUGAGCUCUUAUGAAAAUUGGUGUUAUCAUUAAAGAAAGUGUAUUGAAAUUAUUCUAGUGAGUAACUUUUUCGACGAGAUAAAGCAGACAGAUCUGCAAGAGCCUGAUGACAUUCUAAAUCGGUGUUAGUUUAUGUAAGAAGUCAAUUAUAGGACAAAACGUAAAAUUUGUAAUUCAACUUAGAAACUAAUUAAGUAUUAUGAUAGGGGCCUGGUUAAGAUUUUAUCGUUCACACCAACUGAAUCGUGGCAUUAACUUAGUUUCACCUAUGCUGUCAUGUAUUAAUACGUUGAAAUUGGUUUCCAAUUAAUGCAUGUAAAGGUUUUAAUCUAUUUUAAGACCGCAAAUGAUUAAACUUAGUGAAUAACUCCUAUUUUUCUCCAUUAUACUGUGGAGAUAGAACCAAUAGAUGCCUCCCUACUUUUA